GCCGGGAUCCGAUCCGCCUGGACGUCAAGUCGGUGGGCCGCGGCCGCUUCGUGUGUGGCCACUAUGACCUGGACUUGGUGGAGAGUUCCGAGGAUCGCAUCGUCUGGGCCGAUGUCCGAAACCGCGGGAAGACUUCAGUUUGGAAGCGACGCGGUCGACGCGAUGCGAGCCGGAGUAGGAGUCGGGGUCGAAAUGGCAUCCCGCGGGUGAAAGUUGUACCUGCUCUGGAAGCACCCCCCGGCGGGACUUGGUCCGCGGGCUACGGCUUGCCGUCCCCAGCGGCCUACUGGGCUCAAGCUGCACCCUGGCAGGAGCCCCGCUCAGCUGUGGCCACUGGCACGACUCCUGGGGCCUGGGUGCCACCGAGAAUGGAGGAAGUUGAGACCAUCCAGAGCCUUACGCCCCUUACGAUGCCUGCGCCGGAAAGCACAG